AUGGCUUCGACUACUCGCGACGCCGCCAAUCAGGAGGCCUACGAACUCUUGCUUCCAUCAGGCCAGGAGGACAUACCCAAGCAGGGCGAUACAAUGGGCAAGGAAGAGCAGAUGCUGAAGCCUGAGGGCCGUCCGGGAGAUGGGUUGGCCAAACUUGCUGGGCUGAUAUCUGCAGCAGUCUUCCUACUUGUUACCUGGUACGCCGAAUUGAGCAACGAUCCAAAGCAGCAUGGGUGGUUCGCCAUACACCCACUACUACAAAGCUUUUCUAUCGCCCUUAUAACAUAUGGGAUUUUGACGCUGCAGCCAACAUCGCAGCCCAAAACUAAAGCUGCUGGGUUCGCGAGACAUCAUCUAGCUAUAUUCUUCAUCGCAUUUCCCUCUGUCACAAUAGGCACGUUUGCCGUGUGGUACAAUAAGCAUCUAAAUGGCCGGGAUCACUUCCUUUCGUGGCACGGGACUCUAGGUAUUACGUGCAUGCUAUGGAUAACAUUCCAAGUUUUACUCGGUGGUGGAAGCGUUUGGUUCGGUGGGAAAGCCUUUGGAGGAGGUAUGAAGGCGAAGCUGCUAUGGAAAUAUCACCGCCUUUCCGGAUACCUGCUGUUUCCUCUGCUCCUCUUCACCGCCCAUCUAGGCGGUGCGCAAUCAGGCUGGGCAACCCGCAACACGUCAAUGGGUCAACGUUUGAUUGCCUAUAUUAUCGCACCAGCGGUCAUCUUGGGCGCCGUAUACGCAAGAAUUCGAUUAUCCAAGAUGAAAUUCUUCUAG